AGUUAACUUGAAGUUACCUUCUUCGAAGUGGAUCGUAAUGCAGCCAAUCGUUGAUGUGGAUGCGUGGCCAAUCGCAGUGAAGCUGUGUAAUGAAAUCCAACACCACGCGAUUGAAGCCCCGAAACCACCAGUGUUGAUCUUUCCCUAGCAUGCCAACUCCGUGGUGGGCGUACAUUGUCCUGGCGUUGUCCAUCUCGACCAUGUCGUCUGGAGGCGUGUGGUUUGCGCUGUUCACGCAGACUCCGCCCAUUAUGCAAGCGUGCUGGCGCCUCAUCCUGACGGCGUUGUUGCAAUCCGUGGGCGUUGUGUACGAGCUUUUGUCAAACCGUUCGCUGGAUGCUGAAUUCUGGGCAAAGUAUCGACGCUCGUUGCCGCUUCUGAUGGCUAUUGGUGCUGCGAUCGGGUGCUACUUUGGCACGUGGGGGUGGAGCGUGGCCCACACGACGCUGCUGGACUCGCUCUUGUUGGUUUGCACCACGCCCCUGUUGCUCGUCGUGAUCAUGACCCUGCGCUGGCUGUACCGCCGCCAUUCGCCUUCGUCCGUGGUCAUCAGUCUUCAGGAGCGUACGGUGGCCAAGGAAACCGACGCCAUGAUCUUUACCUCCACCGCCACACCCACGUUAUUUGAAACGAUCGUUUGUCCGCCGGUGGCACUGCCACCGACGUGGAUGGAAGCGGCGGGGGCGCUAGUGGGGUUUUCCGGCGUCGUCGUCUUGCUAUCGUCCACAUCUGACCAAAGCACUCAAACCCACCCCGUAACGCUCGCCGGCAACAUUGCGUCGAUGGCCGGGGCCCUGGUCCUGAUUGUAUAUUUGGAAGGCGGGGCCGCCUGCCGCCAAUGGAUGCCGUUGUUCAUCUACUCGCUGUCCGUGACUGCGUUCGGCGCCGUGUGUUUGGCCAUUGCGUCGCUCGUGUUGGAGCCACAAACGUCCGUGGUGGGCCUCGGUCCCGCCGCGUUGUUCGGUUUCUUCGGGGACUGGCAACUGUUUGGGCUGGCCUUUGGCGCCGCCUUUGUCGCAGGCUUCUUUGGCCAUGCCUGUCUGAAUUCCGUCGUCGUGCACGUGAGUCCGCUGCUCGUGUCCGUGUCGGGGUUGUGGGAGCCGUUGCUCGGGAGUUACAUGGGAUACCUAGCGGGAGUUCAAGGCCAACCAGAUUUGAUGACACUGGUGGCCGCGCCACUUCUCUUAGGAGGCGCGCUCUUGGUGACGCUGGGUGGACGCCGAGAAGCGACGACGACGAUGGGGGCAUUGACGUCAGUCUCGCGCCGGAACUCGCUUGUAGUCCAUGCCUAAACAACAUUGACGUUCCAAAGCAACCGUUUUUUGCUUUACAAUUGAAGUGUACUUGUACCUAACCUGAACUGCUAAAGUCCGAUUUGCACAGCCA